AUGCGCGUCGCCGGCCUGGACGACUCUGUGACGGCCGCCGAAAUCAAGGAAGCGGUCGCGGUUGAUGGAGAGUGCCUGGCCGGAGAUAUCCGGGAUGAGGGGGCCGCUAAGGCGGUGAGGAAGGACGAGGAGGCCGCCAAGGCGGCGAGGCAGCGGGCCAUCUUGGCUGCGUUAGGAGGAGGAGGGGACAGCGCGAAGAAGCGCGACAGCCCGAAGCCGGCGCCCAUUACCGCGCCGGCGGCGGAGCUACUCACGGACGAAGACAUCGACUUCAGUCAGCCGCAGCCUAACGGCGUUGAGCGGAUGCUGAAGUUGAUGCAGAAGAAGAAGCUGAGAGGCGACAAGGAUCUUCCGCGUGUCCUUUUGACACGCGACGUGAAAAUGCCGCCUCCAAGCACCGGAAAGGACCCGAUUAGUAGAGACUCCCCUCGCGGUAGAGUCUCCCAACAUGGACGUGACUUACCCGGACAUGACAGCGAGGACUGCAAAGGGGCCGUACCAAAAGCAAAGAGAGGACGUGGCCGCCCGCCAACGACCGGACAAUAUGUCGGCUUGGCGAAGGCGCAGGCCGAUCUAAACAGAGAAAAGGAGGAGGCCCUUCGACUCCAGGCGGAGGAGGAGGUAGCCGAGGCGGCCAGGGCGGCGCGAGAGAUGCGUUCUUCGCUCCUCGCCAGCCCCGCCCCCAUGGAAGAAGACAGGCCAGAGCAGACCAUCCACGCUCUGGCCCAAUGUGUUGAGACUUCGCUGGGAACGAUUUCCAUGGUCGCAGCGAAGUCGAAUAACCUCAAGGGGACGUUCCAGCGGCUCCUCAAGGAGGCGGUCAGCGAUAUACGCGCCACCGUCGCCGAAAUGAGAAGUCGCGGAGCGACCGAAGAGAUGAAGGCCCUCGAGGCUCAGAAUGCGCGGCUCCAGAAUAAAGUGGAGUCUUUGCGCAAAGAGCUAGAGGAGCUACGCCGUCAGGUGUUGAAGCCAGCCGAGCAGGAUAUGCGCCAGCUGUUGUCUGAGGUCUCUCGAUCUAACGUGGAGACCUUCAGCAACAUGCUGAACGCUCGGCUGGCUGGACUGGAGAGUCGGCUCCUUCCAGAGCCACGACUGCGCCCUCCGCUCGCGGCGGACAGAGCCCGGAGUAUUACGCCGGCUCCCGUCGAGAGUGUAGAGGCUCCACCGGAUGUGACGCCGGAGCCCCCGAAGCAGAAAGCCAAGGGGAAACCGGCCCCAAAGAAGACACGGCAGCCAGCCGCAGUGGCCCCGCAAGAGGCCCCUGCCGCGCCCGAUACGCCCAAGGCCAAGAAGGGCCGGAAGAAGACGCGGCCGUCAAUGGCCGCUCAGGAGGCGGCACAGGGGGGAGCGAACACCAGCUCCCCUCGUACUGAGACCCCUUGGACCAAGCCGGGGCACAAGGCAGCGGAGUGCGGGGCAGCAGAGCCUAACUGCUCCCUGUGCGAGGCCGCUGGCAGGGCGGAAAGGGGGCACGAGCUGGGCAGAUGUCCAUCUGCUAAAAAGCCGGCCCCCGGAGAAGAGAAGGCGCCGACCAAAAAGGCUCGACACAAAAAGUCGAGACCUAAAGGCGCGCGGGCCCCGCCUGUGUCCGUCGACAUGGAGACAGACGCCUAG